AGGGCCGUUUCUCCCAAGAAGAUUUCCAGGCCCCUCUGGGCCAUGAAGAGGCCUAAAUUUAGCCAGCACACAAGAGGCUGGCUUGGAGCCCAGGGACAUCGGGCCUUAUAAAGCGCUGGCAGUCGGGGCCCGGCACGCUUCCCUGGAGGCCUGCACCCACACAUUUCUCCAGUCCAGCCCCUGCCUGGACAGGGGCUCUGCUGCCUGUGGAUGAGCCACCGGACCUCCUCCGCCUUCAGAGCGGAGAGAAGCUUCCAUUCUUCCUCCUCCUCCUCCUCUUCCUCUUCUUCUUCGGCCUCCCGUGCCCUCCCGACCCAGGACCCACCCAUGGAGAAGGCUUUGAGCAUGUUUUCGGAGGAUUUCGGCAGCUUCAUGAGGCCCCACUCUGAGUCCCUGGCCUUCCCAGCCCGUCCCGGGGGACAAGGCAACAUCAAAACCCUCGGGGAUGCCUAUGAGUUUACAGUGGACAUGAGAGACUUUUCCCCUGAAGAUAUUAUUGUCACCACCUCCAACAACCACAUCGAGGUGCGGGCUGAGAAGCUGGCUGCUGAUGGCACAGUCAUGAACACCUUUGCUCACAAAUGCCAACUACCAGAGGAUGUGGACCCUACAUCGGUGACCUCGGCCCUUCGAGAGGAUGGUAGCCUCACUAUCCGGGCACGGCGUCACCCACACACGGAACAUGUCCAGCAGACCUUCCGGACGGAGAUAAAAAUCUGAGGGUCUCCCUACCCUUGCUCUCCCCCCAUCUCCUCCUCAACUGGCCUGCUGGUGAGGUCAUCCUGACCCCUGACAAUGGCCCCCAGAACAUCUCAGUGUAGGUCCUAGUCACUCCACACACUCUUAGGCCCCAGGUGGGUCACACACAUGCACCCCAAACUAGGACCCUCCUUCCCACCCAGGGCAGUCCCAGGACCCUCUUGCCCUCACCCAGAUGGGACUUCCCUAUCUUAGUUCACAGUAGAGGAGUUGAGGUAUCAACUUGGGGAGAAAGAUGGGGACUGAGCCUCUGAGCAAAAGUUCAAAGGACAGAGAGACAUCAACAGCAUCUCUGCAGGGCAGGGGACCAGGGACCCUCCCAGCAAGUGAAAUAUAAGAGUUGGCCACAAGCAGAGCUGCUGGCCUUGGUGGACUGCCUCAGGCAAGCCAGAGAGAUAACCAUGACUGUCACCUCCCUGGGGCUGCAACUCUCCAAGCCUCAAACCCAGGGCUACCUGUCACUCUGGGCCCCUGUCAGCUACCUGUGCCAGGCAAGGACGCCUAUACCCCGGUGUUUGUUAAAAAGGCAUGAGGCUCCUAUCUCCAGCAACCGGUACCUUAGAUCACUCCCUUUCACAAGAGCCCUAGGCUCCUGGGUGGUUCCCCCUGCAGAGAGGGUCCCCUCCGGAAGUGGGAGCAAGAGCAGUCACGGGACUUACUAAUCCACGAAUCCACACACACACACACACACACACACACACACACACACACACACGCCAUUGUCCUAGCCCUUAAAUACUCAUUCCCAUUGGUUGACGCCCAAUUCAAAACGCUCUGGAACUAGAUUUAGCUCUGUUUUCAUCUACGGGGAUGUCGCAUCUCUGAGCAAGUCGGAUGCUCGGUUUGGUGGCUGAAGGUUGACUCUGCCAGCUGCUCACCUCUGUGCACUGGGGAGAGCUGCCCUGACUCCAACUCUUUAGAGCCACACGCCCUGCCUCCCACGUCUCACGACGGCACAGGGUGGCCACAGGGUAGAAGAGCCCCAACCCAGGUCCCUUCUGCCCUCCCAGUCCAGGGCAAAGACCCUUGUCAGCCCUAACCCUGGAGGACCAGGGCUC